AUGCGAUCCGUAGUGAACACAUGCGCCAUUCUUGGCUUGUGUCUGUUUCCUCUGGGCCAUGCCUCCGCAGCAGCCGGCUCGAUCUCGGUCGAGGACGGAUACGCGGUACUCCCCAGUUGCGCACAAACCUGCUUCGUGACGGCGCUGAGCCAGUCGACCUGUUCCCUGGCCGACGCCGCCUGUCUUUGCAAUGAUGACCAGUUCAACAAUGUGGCUACCGCCUGCAUCACUUCGGGCUGCACGGUCAAAGAGUCCCUUACCGCCAAGAACCUCACCUCCCACAUGUGCGGGCUCCCCGUGGAGGGCGACAGCAGUCUUAUCCCGCUGUACUCCGUCUUUCUCGGUCUUGCUGGCCUGGCCAUGAUACUUCGGAUUGCAGCACGAGUCCUCACUCGCGCCUACUUCUGGUGGGACGACUUUGCCAACUUCUUUGGAUUCAUCGGCUCUGCGACGUUCACUGGCUUCAACAUCAAAGCCAUCAGCAUUGGGCAGUCUUUCGACAUCUGGUUUGUCCCUUUCGACAACAUUACCGGCGUCCUCAGGAUUUUCUACGCGGAAAUGCUGCUCUACACCAUUACGCGCUUCUUCGUGCGCGCCUCGAUCAUCCUCUUCUACAUGCGCGUCUUCCCAGCGACGAACAACAGCAAGCUCGGCCGCGUUGUUCAAUACACCAUGAUCUUCAACGUCGUCUACAACGUCAGCUUCCUGUUCGCCGUCAUCUUCCAGUGUUACCCCGUGUCGGAUUUCUGGACGUCGUGGGAGGGCGAACAUGAGGGGCAUUGCGGGAAUGCCAACAUCCUCGCCUGGGUAGCCGCCGCGACGGGCAUCGUCUAUGACCUUUGGCUGCUGGCGUUGCCGUUCUCGCAGCUGCUGGCGCUGGACCUGCACUGGAAGAAGAAGCUAAUGGGAGGGAUGAUGUUUUUCGUUGGUGUUGCUGUCAUGAUCAUCAGCUUGAUCCGACUCAAAACCAUCAACGAGUUCACCCGCACCGUCAACCCAACCAAGGACAUAGUCCAAGUAUGCCUCUGGUCCGGCAUCGAACUCGACGUCGGCGUCAUCUGCCCCUGCCUGCCCUCCUUCCGCCUGCUGCUGCGCCGGCUGCUGCCCCGCGUGCUCGGCACGUCGGGGCGGUACGAGCUCGGUCCCGUAUCCAACCCGACAGGAGCUACAAGGAGCGGGAUGCGGAGGAGUUUAGGAGCUUUCAAUGCUCCGAACGUGGGAGUCCACAGCGGUGCCGAUGGCGAAGCAGGGGAGAUCUGGGCAGGGAAGACCCAGGAGAUGGGGAAUACGGUUGUUGUCAAGUACGGGAGUGGGGUGUCGAACUUGAAUGAUGGCGGGAGUGGGAGUUUUGAAAGUGUGAAGGGGCUGGUGGAUGUGGGGAGAGCUAGAUGA